CGGCGAUCACAGCUGGGCCGGGACUUCCUUCCUCUACCGCAGGACAACAAAACAACCCGCAGCAGUCACUGAGCUCUUGGCAGCUGCCUGAGCGAGAAGCGCAGCAAUGGGCUCCGUGCUGAGCAGCGAUAGCGGCAAAUCCGCCCCCGCCUCGGCAGCCCCGCGGGCCCUGGAGCGCAAGGGGGACCCCGAGCUGCCCGUAACAUCCUUCGACUGUUCUGUGUGCCUCGAGGUGUUGCACCAGCCUGUCCGGACCCGCUGUGGCCACGUAUUCUGCCGUUCCUGUAUUGCUACCAGCCUAAAGAACAACAAAUGGACCUGUCCUUAUUGCCGAGCCUAUCUUCCUUCGGAAGGAGUUCCAGCAACUGAUGUAGCGAAAAGAAUGAAAUCCGAGUACCAGAAGUGCACUGAGUGUGACACCCCGGUUUGCCUCAGCGAAAUGAGGGCACACAUAAGAUCUUGUGAGAAGUAUAUAGAUAAGUAUGGACCGCUGCAGGAACUUGGGGAGACCACAACCAGGUGUGUGUGUCCAUUUUGUCAGAGGGAGUUGGAAGAAGAGAGCUUGCUGGAUCACUGUAUUACUCAUCACAGAUCAGAAAGGAGGUCUGUGUUCUGUCCACUUUGCCGUUUACUACCUAAUGAGAAUCCAGGCAGCUUUAGUGGCAGUUUAAUAAGACAUUUGCAAGUCAAUCACACUUUGUUUUAUGAUGAUUUCAUAGAUUUUAAUAUAAUUGAAGAAGCUCUUAUCCGAAGGGUCUUAGACCGGUCACUUCUGGAAUAUGUGAAUCACUCAAACACCACAUAAUUUUAUUAAAAGGAAAGAGAAGGAGACCAUAGACUUGCACCAUUUGUUAAGAUGCUGCUUGAACAAGUGGAGGGGAAUUGUCAGUGUUUGGUGGGCGAAAAUGUACAACACAGUUAUACGUUUGUCCAUGUUCUUGUUAUAUUGCGUUUUAAAACUGCUUUCAUCUUGAUGGCUUAAAUCUGUUUUACGUUCUUGAAUUUUUUAGAAACUUAACAAAAAGUAGUCUCCAUCAGCCAUUAAUAUAUGGAAGAGAACAUAAGGCAGGAUAUGUGGGCGAAGGGUCUUUAUUUGCAAAUUGAAUGAUACUGUGUGUAAUGUUACAUAUUAAUAUCUGCUAUCAUGGUUGAGCAAGAUAACUAAUCUUUGUUCUAUGUAAAAAGAUGGAGAAUAAAACCAAGUGUGGACAUUCAAGGAAAUAGAAAAUCUGUUCUAGUGCACAUCUAAUCUCUAAUAGGAUAAUAUGAGUAGCCUUAUAUUAGAGUAGAUAAGGAAAAUUUUGGAAGUCAACAAAGGCCACUUAACCACAUUGUAAAACAUAAUACUGUAACAAAAUAAAUUUCGUGUUAGGAAUGUA